GACGCCAAGAUGGCCGUGGCGUGCGGAGCGAACGGGAUCUGUGUGUCUAACCAUGGCGGGAGGGAACUGGACGGCGUGCCGGCAACUAUUGACGUUCUACCGGGCAUCGUCCGUGCGGUUGGCGGUAAGGCGGAGGUUUACCUGGACGGAGGUGUCCGGACUGGGACGGACGUGCUGAAGGCCUUGGCGCUGGGAGCCAGGGUGCAGAAGGAGUCCAACAGGUUCUACAGAUUCUGAGAGAUGAACUCAGUUUGGCCAUGGCCAGGGCAGGCUGCGCCAAGAUAUCCGACAUCCAGCCAUCUCUUGUCGUGCACCAGUCGUAUUACGGCGUACCAACCCGCAGAGCACUACCGAUGUCUAAAUAUUGAGCCACAAGACCAAAUCACACUCACAUAUAUGUGGAGGCAGUAUAUAUCUAUGAAGUGUAACUAUUAUAUUGCAAUUGCAAAGCUGAUCACUUACUCCCACCCGGCACUUGAUGGGUCACCGUCAGGUUUGACCUCCCUAUUAAUCAUAUGUCAAAAUCAAAUUCCACCCACCACGCAACCAAAGAAAUUAUACAAACAGACACACACACUCACUACCAAAAGCAACACUUCUGUACCCAGAUAAAUGGGAUUGUGAAUUUCUGUUUCUGUACCUGUAUGGAAUUGGUGUAGGAGCCUUGGAAGAUUGGCCCCUUAAGGGGCUUAAGGGCAUCCCAAUUAACUGAAACUGAGAAUAAUAACCUUAAACGUAAAAACGAAAAUACCAUUGGAAAGAAAAUGACGUCACAAACCCUUGGCGGUUGCCAUCUCCGCGUCAGGAUGAGCCAAUCGCUGCAUGGCUGUUGGCGCAAUUGCUACCGGGAAAUCUAACAUCUGACCCAGAACGGUUACUGUGGUGUCCCGGAUGAACACGUCACGGAGCUUACGUAGGGAUGAGACGGUACCUAAAAAAACCCUUUUAUAAAAGUUUAAAGUUAAUUUGCAAAUUCAUGCCCAAGGCUAAUUGCAAUACGACACAAUAUAUAGAGUAUACAGGCAGUGCAAGGUCUGUUGUAUAACCACCUUUUGUUUUUUUCUUGAACAUUUUUACUGUGUUCUUG